AAAAAUACCAAUAGAUAGUUUGCAGUUUUAUUUGAUCCGAAUGCAGUAUGAAAAAUAUUAACUCAGUUAUAUAAUAAUAUCAUUUUUUUAUAUAUAUAUAAAUUUCUGCAAAUAUAAAAAUCAAUUCAUUAAUUUUACAAUCUGAGCAAUAUUAUUAUUUUUGUUUAUUUACCUAUAUACACUUCUUUAUAUAUAUUAAAAUGGGAAUAAAAGAAUUUAAAAUUCUCUUUGAUAAUCCUGUUAAAACCUAUACUCCUGGGGAAACUGUAAGCGGACGAAUUCUAUUAGAUUUAAAUUCAAGUAAAAAAUGUCGAGAAUUUUAAUGUAAAAAUCUUAAAGAAAGCUAUGUCGAAAAAUAUUAAAGUUUAGUUCAGACAAACUGGCGCCGAUAUUCUCAUUUUGUAUCUCUGCGCAUAUCCUGUUGUAAAAACACAGGAAAAAUAAAUGCAGCUUGCGCACAUGUGCUUUUUAUUUAAAAAAAAAAAAACUUUUCAUUGGCUUUAAAUGUAUUUUUACUAUGAUUUUUGCAAUCAGCGAAUCAAAAACUAUAGAUAUCAAGAAAAACUGUUCAAGUGAUACUCGGCAAAUUUUUGAUUCUAAAGUUGGAUUUACAUGUUAAUGUAAAUGCAGAAUGCAAAUCGAAAAUAAUGAAAGUGAAAAGGAUAGUGAUAUAUCCCUGUCCUUUUCACUCUCAUUAUUUUCGGUUUUGCAUUCUGCAUUUACAUCAACAUGUAACUCCAUUCUAAGAGUAGAAAUAAUUUUUAUUGAAAGAAGGGUUGAAAUAAAUGAAUUUAAAAAAAUUAUUAAAUUCGCUUGAAAUUUAAUAUUUAGGGAUUUUUGAGGUAGCUGAUUACCAUUCUGAAAUCAGAUUUUAAAAAUUCCAAAUGUCGAAUACAGUAUGGUGAUAACAAAUUUAAAAUCUGAUCAAAUUCGCUCAGAAUUUGGUUACAUUUAAAAUUUGGCAUCAAAUUUAGAUUCAGUGUCCCUAAAACCACCUCGAUUAAUAAAUUUUGAGCGAAUCAGAUAUGAAAUUAAAAUUUUUUUUAGUCGACAUAUUGGAUCCGCCAUUUUGCAUUUUUGAAAUCUAAUUUCAAAUUCAUAAUCAGCGAACCCAAAAAUACCCUUAAAAUCGAACUUUUUGCCGAUAUAAAAAAUAUGUGUCUAUUUUUUUUAUAUUUUUGAUUGCAAUCGAAGCAUAACACUUGGGUAUAGCUUUACUGAUUAGUAUAAAAAAAUCCGGAGAUAUUUUUUUAAAAAAUUUUUUCUGUAAAGAUGGACAAAAAUAUAUUUAGCCGAAUUUAAAAGGUUGAUUAUUUUGUUAUAUAUAGAAUCGCCCAUAUGUGUUAAUUGAUUUUUUCAUAUCGAACCAUUAUUUUUACGAUUGUUACUAUAGAGACCAUUCAAUAAACAAAUAUAAUGAAAAUCAAUCCAUCUUUUAAGGUUGAACUAUAUUAUUUUAAUAAUAUAUUGUUGCUGUAGCAAUUUUUUACAAACAUAAAGAAAUAAAAUCAAUAAAAGAAAAAAAUUUCCUAACUUGAUAACGAAAAACUACUUAGGAUAAAAAUGUAAUAUACUUUUUUUUAAAUACAAAAUAUAUUAGGUCUUCCUGUAAAGCUUAUACAAUAAUUAACAGUAAAUCAUUGAAAAAAAUUUGUCUUAUUGAAUAAUUAACGAAAUACUUCUCUUUUUGAAUUUAAUUUUAUAAUAUUUAAAAAAUAGCACAUUGGAUUUGAAUAUUAAAUUGAAAGCGCGCGCUCUAGUGAUAGCGUCGGUGAACUAAAAUCUUAAUUCCCUUCUCGGAAAGAGAUUUACUCAGCAAUAAGAAGAAUAAGAAUUUACAAUUACUAUAUACUGUAAAAAAUAUUAGAAGAAUAUUAGUAUUAUUUUUUGAAAUUAUUAUUUUAUAUUAUUAUAAAUAUAGCGGAACCGAUUCGAAUUAAUUUAAACUAGCGAUGUAUUCCUCGCUCGCUAACGCUCGCUCGGUUAAAAUUGUACUUAUUGUUGUUUACUUAUUGUAGUUUAUGUAUAUUAUAUAUAUAAUUUAUGUUUUAAAUUAAUAUCUUAUUAAUAUUGUAUAAAAUUUAUCUUAAAAUUGAAAAAAGAUGUUACAUAAAAAUAGUUUGUAAGAUUUUUUAAAAGCAUAUAUGCAAAGUAUUUUGAUUUAUUUGAAAAUAAUUGAAAAUAGAUUUUUCAAGGACGGUGUCGAGGUCACGGGGUCGGUGUCGUUUUUCGAAAUUUGUUAACUUAAUAUAAUAAAAGAUAUCAUUUUUCAGGAAAACUAGUUUUUUCCAAAAGACCAAUUUUAAUUUAACAAUAUCGAUUUAAUUUUUUCUCCCCCUACCAUAGAAAUGAAAAAAAAGGUUAUAAGUUCAUGGAUUUUCGAUUUUUUUACAACACAAAAAGUAGUUUAGAUAUUUUGAUAAAAUGGCAAACAUUCUUUUUUUUAAAUUAAAGAAGAUAAUCAGAAAACAAGAACAUUUUUUCCUUACAUUAAAUUCCUUUCUUUGAAAUAAAAAAAAAAUACCUUUCAAGUUAUUCCUUCUAUAAAACUUGAAAGAAAUAGUUCUUCUGUUAAAUGAAUUUCACCAAAGUGUAUUAUUUUGCUUCCUUAUUUUGUGCAAUAGAAAAAGAGAUUAGAAUUAUUUUUAAAAAUAAUGAGAGCAAAUAUAUUUUAAUUUUUUUCCAAAAAGGUGAAUUUAUAGAAUGAUGCUACAAAAUUUGGCAUUUGUGUUCUCUUUAAUAAUCUUGACAUCUUCUUUUCCAAAUGGUUCUACAAAUUUAUUUUGGCUAAAUCAUUUGACAAAGUACAUAGAGAAAGAUUCGAAAAUUUCACAGGUACUUUUAAUUAUUGAUGAUGACAAUAAUGUUACAACAAAACAUUACAUAAUCGAUAAUGUUGUUGAAAAACUGAAAUUUGUUCCACAUAAUGUAAUUGGAUUGAAAAAUGCUACAUUACAAUAUGCAAAGAAAAUGUCUCAAAAGACACAAUUUAAAGAUUUACAGUCAACAACAUUAAUUCUAACAAUUAUCUUUCUUGAAAAAAGAAAUUUUUCUAAAGUUUUUGAAUUAAACAAAUUUUUAAUUCCUCUACAUGCAUAUGAAUCGCGUACAAAAUGUUUAACGAUAAUUUCAGCCGGAUUUGAAAGAUUUAGAUACAAAAAAUUUCUAGAGCAAAUGUGGUUAAAUGAUUUUUUAGAUUUUACAAUUGUUGAAAUUAGUCAAAAUCGAUCAGAAAAUAUCAAAAUUCAUUGGUACAAUCCGUUCACUAAUGUUUAUAAAGUAAAAAAUUACAGCGAAAGAAAGCAACAAAUCUUUGUCAAUAAAUUGCAAAAUAUGAAUGAUUUUGAAAUGAAAAUAGGAACAUUUAAUUUGCCUCCAUUUGUUUUUGUAAAAAGAAAUUCUACUGGACAUCCCAUUCAAGUUUCUGGACCAACUGUAAAGAUAAUACGUGAAUUUGCAAAAAAAAUGCAUUUUAAAAUAGUAGAAGUUCCAUCACAAGAGGAAUGGUUUGGAUGGAUCAGUAAAUCAAAAAACAAUAACAAUGUUACAAGUCUUAUUGAACAGUUAUUAAACAAAAAAAUUCGAUACAUUACAAAUUGGGGAACUUAUCUUGAAAAAUCAAUAUUUCCCAGAACAAAAGUCAUUGAUUUUGAUCGAUUCUGUGCUUUGAUACCAACAUCCGAGAAAUCAAAGUGGAACAUACGCUAUCAAUGGUCUUUUAUUUAUUUUGUAAUUUUUAUAUUAAUUCUAAAAAUGGUGACAUCGAUUAUCAAAUUUGAUGAUCAAUUUUGGUCUUUUGACUAUAUACUACGAGGAACGCUUGGUUUCACUGUACCUGGAGAACCUCGAAAUAUAGGUGAAAAAAUUUUCUUUACAUCAAUGUUGAUUGCCGUAAUGAUAUUUUCAUCUUCGAUUUUUGCAAUUCUAACAGAUGUAAAAAUGACAAUGGAUCCAAUGAUAAUUGUAGAUACAUUAAAAAAAUUAAAUGAAACAAAUCUUACGCCAAUGAUGAGACAAAGUUAUGCAUUAGGAUUUUCUAGGAGUAAAGAACAAAUUAUUAGAGAUUUAGUGAAGAAAACAUUGAUUUUAAUGAAAGAAGAGGAAUGUGUGGAAAUUUUAAUUCAAUACAAAAAUGUUAUUGUUUCCUUAGACAAUCUAUGGCAAUGUUGUUCAUUAAAAAGUAUAAAAAUUCUGAUGGUAGUCCACAAAUGAAAAUAGUUGAUGAAGCUUUCUCUUAUUUACCCCAAAGUAUGCUUCUAGAACCUGCAUCAACAUUUGUUAAUGAUUUUAAUAAAAUUAUAACAAAUCUCUUAGAAUUUGGUCUAAUAUCACAUUGGAUGAAACCAUUUGAUGUCAUUUUUAUAAGAGAUGAUGUAAAUUUGCUAAACCUAGAAGAAUUUUCUUUAUUACCUUUUUUGCUCCACAUUCUACUUGUUGGAUAUUUCAUUUCAUUUGUGAUUUUCGUUGGCGAAAUUGUUUCAAACUACAUUGAAAGGAUUCGUUAAUAUUCUGCUGGUCAAUCAAUUUUUUUCAAUUCCAAAAGAAAAUCGUUUCUGAGAUUGAAACCAAUGGUGCUUUAAAUUAGGAAAUUUAUUAUUGUUUGAUAAAUUGAUUUUCAAAAUCAUAGCAAUGGGUUAGCUUAUGCAUGCAGAACAUAAUUGUUUUUAAUUCUUUAUUUAAUCUUAUUUAUUGAAGUUAUUUAAACAUUGUUCAUGCAACACAUUUGUUAAGGUAUUAAAAUUAAAAUAAAAGGAAAAGCUUUGACACGUUGGAUGCUACCAUCGGCCAAUGGAACCCAACAAAUUCGAGGUCGUGAAAAAUACUUUUCAUCCAAAUUUUACAUUGCUGGAGGAGUAUCAGGUGAAAUGGAACUACAUACAGGUGAACAUACAUUUCCAUUUGAAUAUGUUUUGCCACCAAAAUUACCAACUAGUUAUGAAUUGAAAUUGGUGAAUACUGAAGGACAUAUUCGAUAUAUUAUUAAAGCUAUUAUAGAUCGUCCAUGGAAAUUUGACAAUGAGACAGAAGCUCCUUUUACCGUUAUAUCUAAAUAUGAUCUUAACGCUGAUCCUACUGCAUCAGAACAAGUUUGCGUGGAAGAAACUAAAAAAUUUGGAAUUUUUUCAAAUUCACCACCGCUGAGUGUUACUUUGUCACUACCAUUUAGAGGAUAUGUGCCAGGUCAAAUAAUUCCUAUCACAGUUAAUGUAAAUAAUCUAUCAGGCGUUGAAGUUAAUGAUAUAAAACUGAAAUUAGAAAUGUAUGCCAGAUACUUACAAGUAGAAAAUCCUUAUCGAUCACUGAAGAAAAAUGUUAAUAUAACAAUUAUCGAAACGAAAAGGACCAAAAAUAAUGAAGCUGUGUUUAGUUUUAAUCAUGAAUUUCGAAUUCCACCGAUUCCACCUUCAAAUAUUGGAUACACUUGCAGUAUAAUUUCCAUUGAAUAUGCAAUUGAACUUGAAGCAGAAGUUGACAGAAUGUUUAGUAGAAAUUUGAAAAUUUCUACUCCCAUUGUAAUAGGAACUGUGCCUCUAGCGAAUUAUCUAUCAUUUGUAAAUCCUUCGUUGUUAACAAUUACGCCAGUUUAUGAGAAAUCAAUGUUUGUGGUUGAAAAUCUUUGGGAAGAAGACGAUUCAAAGCAUGUGAUGAAUAAAAUAAAAUAUGCACCAAAAUAUCUUUUUUAUAAUUUCUCUGCUUUUCAGGAAUGAUAGUACUUUUUUGGUUUGCUUUCACUGAGAAGAUACCAACAAUUGCGAAUCAAGUAAUUAAUGUUCUAUAACUGCUCUCUCGAAAAUUUUCUGUUAAAUUGUAUUUUUUAGGGUUCACUUUGAUUGUAUAAGAUAUUUAAUAAAACAUUACACAAGCA